CCCUCCUGGGAUCCCGCGGCCUCCCGCCCACGGCUUUUCCCAGCCCUGCCCCUCGCCCUCGGCUGCAGCCGGAGCCCAGCCGUUCCCAGGAUCCCUGAGCCUCCGUCCCCAGACAGACCAGACUCCUAGCUCCAGCGACUCUUUUGCUCUCUUCACUCUUCUUUGUCUUUGCCUUCCCAUCUUUUUCUCUAUGUUCUCUCUCCUUGUCCCCCUCUUUCUAUCAUUUUGCGUCUGUCUGCCCCAUGAGUUGCUACUCCCUGGGGCCCCUCCUUGGAUUUAGACCACACUCCUGAUUCUCAGCCCCCAAACUGUGAGUGUGGGCAAUUGGAGGCCUAUGACGUCUUGGUAUCAAAGAAGGGGGUCUUUCUGCAGAAGCCGCUGAGCCACGCAGCCAUGCCAGAGGGAGCCCGUGGACUGAGCCUGUCCAAACCCAGCCCUCGCCUUAGCCCCCGCCACAGAGGUGAAGUGUGUGACUGUGCAACAGUGUGUGAGACUCAGACAGCAGCCUCCGCAACUCCCGCCAUGGCCUCCCUUCGAGGUUCUGGGAGCUCCACAUCCUUGAGCACAGUGGGCUCUGAGGGGGACCUGGCCCCAGGGCCCACCCCUGCCUGUUUAGCCUCCAGACCGGAGCCCCUUCCAGGGCCCCCCAUCCGUCUGCAUCUGUCGCCUGUGGGGAUCCCUGGUUUGGUGAAACCCUCAAGGCUGGAGCGUGUGGCCCGUGAGAUCGUGGAGACGGAGCGGGCCUAUGUCCGGGACCUCCGCAGCAUCGUGGAGGACUACCUGGGCCCCCUGCUGGAUGGCGGGGUCCUGGGGCUGAGCACGGAGCAGGUGGGCACGCUGUUUGCAAACAUCGAGGACAUCUACGAUCCCCACAGCCAGCUCCUGGAGGACCUGGAGGGCAGCAGCAGUGCAGUGGGCAUUGCAGAGUGCUUCGUGCAGAGGAGUGAAGAUUUUGACAUCUACACGUUGUACUGCAUGAACUACCCAAGCUCUCUAGCCCUGCUCCGGGAGCUGUCGCUGUCUCCACCCGCAGCCCUGUGGCUGCAGGAGCGCCAGGCCCAGCUCCACCACUCACUGCCCCUGCAGAGCUUCCUCCUGAAACCUGUUCAGCGCAUCCUCAAGUACCACCUGUUGCUGCAGGAGCUGGGCAAGCACUGGGUUGAGGGCCCGGGCACCGGGGGCCGCGAGAUGGUAGAGGAGGCUAUCGUGUCCAUGACAGCCGUUGCCUGGUACAUUAACGACAUGAAGCGCAAGCAGGAGCACGCUGCGCGCCUCCAGGAAGUGCAGCGGCAGCUGGGCGGCUGGACCGGCCCGGAGCUCAGUGCCUUCGGGGAGCUGGUGCUGGAAGGCUCAUUCCGAGGUGGCGGAGGGAGUGGCCCCCGACUUCGAGGGGGUGAGCGGCUGCUCUUUCUAUUCUCACGGAUGCUGCUCGUGGCCAAACGCCGGGGGCCAGAAUACACCUACAAGGGUCACAUCUUUUGCUGCAACCUGAGUGUGAGCGAGAGUCCUCGUGACCCUCUAGGGUUCAAGGUGGCCGAUUUGACCAUUCCCAAGCACAGGCACCUGCUUCAGGCCAAGAACCAAGAAGAGAAGAGACUGUGGAUUCACUGUCUCCAGCGUCUCUUCUUUGAGAACCACCCUGCCUCUAUCCCAGCCAAGGCAAAACAAGUUCUUCUUGAAAACAGCCUGCACUGUGCUCCUAAAAGUAAGCCUGUCCCAGAGCCUGUGAUCCCCCUACUUGGGUCUCCCCGACCUCCAGAUGCCAGAAGUUUCACCCCGGGACGAAGGAACACAGCUCCGUCUCCAGGCCCCUCCACUGCCCGCCAUGGCCGUAGACAGUCUGAGCCAGUGAAGGACCCUUAUGUCAUGUUUCCACAGAAUGCUAAGCCUAGACUCAAGCAUGCUGGCAGUGAGGGGGAGCUCUACCCCCCUUUAGAGCCUCAGCCAUCGGGUCCAGCUUCUGGACCUGCUGAGGACUUGGAAGACACUGGACCCCCCACGCUGGACCCCUCUGGGACCUCAAUCACUGAAGAAAUCCUGGAACUGCUGAGCUGGGCAUCCCGUCACAGUGUCCUUGGGUGCCCGCUACAGCCGCCUCCCCACGACAUUCCCGAGUUCCCUGGAGACUCCCAAGUGCCACGUGAUGGUGAAAGCCUCACAUUCCCAGCCCUGCCCAGCCGGGACUCUUCCGAAGAGGAGGACGAAGAGCUGGAGCUGGACGAACGGAGCCCUUCCCCACUCCAUGUCCUGGAGGGACUCGAAGGCUCCGGUGCAGCCGAAGUUCCCGACAUUCCUGGCCUUACCAAAAAUCCUGCCGUGUCCACCCUCCCUGAGAUGUCUAGCCUCUCUGAAAUUCCUCCAAUGCCCUGCCUUCCCAGUCUCUCUGACAUUUCCAGUGUUUUUGAAAUGCCCUGCCUUCCAGUCAUACCUAGUGUCCCCGACAUUCCUGGUCUUUCCAGCCCUCCCACCCUUCCCUGUGACUCUUGGCUGCAUGGCCCGCUACAGGAGCCAGAUGAGGCUCUCGCCACCAGGAGAGAACUGUUCUCUGGAGCCCGUGCUGGGAAACUGGGAGAGCCCUCCUCAGACGGCAGGGCAGGGCAGGCAAGGGAGGAGGAGGAUGGGGUAUCGUUUCCAGAUUUCCAGCCCCAGGAUGGUGCCCAAGAUCAGGAUGAGCUGGGAUUCCGCUCUUGCUCCGAAAUCCGGAGUGCCUGGCAGGCUCUGGAGCAGGGGCAUUUGGCCCGGCCAGGUUUCCCAGAACCGCUGCUGAUUCUGGAAGAUUCAGAUCUGCGAGGAGGGAGUGGGAGCGGAAAGGCUGGAGCCCCCAGUACAGAGCGGGCCGCAUCCCGAGUGCGAGAGUUGGCCCGGCUGUACAGUGAGCGGAUCCAGCAGAUGCAGCGGGCUGAGACGCGGGCAUCGGCCAAUGCCCCCCGCCGCAGGCCACGGGCUCUGGCCCAACUCCACCUGUCCCCCUGCCUGCCCCACGAGCAGGCCGAGCCAGGGCCCCUGCCUGCAUUUGGACACGUGUUGGUGUGUGAAUUGGCCUUCCCGCUGACUUUGGCCCAGGAAUCUGUCCCCCUGGGCCCUGCUGCCCAGGUUCAAGCUGCUGCACCCCUGUCUAAGCAGGGAGGCUGCCUGGGUGGCCAGGGCCUAGAUGUUUCCAGUUUGCCUGAGCAAGACCAUAGGGGCAUCCGGACUCCAGAUGCUACCACUUUGCCUGAGCAAGGCCUCUGGAACAUCCAGAUUCCAGCCACCACACCUUUUCCCAAGCAGGAAGGCCCAGAUGUCCAGGUCCCAGCCAUUACAUCUCCACCUGAUCAAGAAGGCCACCCAGAAAUGCAAAUUUCAAUGGCCACUCCUUUGCCUGCACAUAGAGGCCACAGGGAUAUUCAGCUCCCGGCUACCACCUUUUUCCCUCAGCAAGAAUGUCAGAUGGACAUCCAAGUUCCAACCACCCCAGCUUUGCUGAAGCAGGGAAGUUGUUCUCGUGUCACAGGUUUAGCCACCUCUCCUAUGCCCGAGCAAGAAGACCACCGCGACUGUCCAGCCAGCACCCUAUUAACUAAGCAGGGAGGUUUCAGGGAUGUUCGGUCCCCAGCCACUGUCUGCAGCCAAGCCAUGGACCCUUUGCGUCUGCAUGGAAGCAGCCUGGACCAUCGGAUCCCAGCCAACACCCCACUGCCCUUGGAACCUGACCUCCCAGACAUUCAGGUUCUGGAUACCUCGCCUUUGCCUGUAUAUGGAAGCCACCUAGACCAUCAGAUCCCAGCCAAUGCUCCAUUGUCUUUGCCCCAGGAUCUCCCAGACAUUCAGGCUCCAGUUGCCAUAGCUGUGCCCCAACCACAAGGCCUCAAGGACACACGGGUCCAAGCACUCGCACCUUUGCCCAAGCAGGGAGACCUGCCAGACAUCCAGGCUGCCACUGCUGUACCUUUGCUCCAGGAGCAAAGCCUCACAGACCUUCAGGUCCCCAAACCUACACCUCUGUUGGAGCAGAAGAGCCUCACAGACAUCCAUUUUACGGCUGCCACUCCUCUGCCUGAGCAAGGAAGCUCAUGGGACAUUCAGGGCCUGUCACCCACCCCAGUUCAGACCACUGUGGCUUUGUUGAAACCAGAAGGCCACCCUGUCUCUCCCAUUGCCAGGUCAGAGUCUUCAGACUUGACUCCACCCCACAGUCCCUCACCCCCAACCCGUCAGCUCCUGGGUCCCAACGCAGCUGCUCUCUCAAGAUACCUGGCAGCCUCAUACAUCAGCCAGAGCCUAGCUCGGAGGCAGGGGCCUGGGGGAGAGGCCCCCCAAGCUUUCCGGGGUUCCUGGUCCUCUUCUGCCCCCACGUCACGGGCACCUUCACCGCCGCCCCAACCCCAGCCCCAGCCCCCACCACCUCCAGCCAGGAGGCUCAGCUAUGCCACCACAGUCAACAUCCAUGUCGGGGGUGGCGGGCGGCUACGGCCAGCCAAGGCCCAGGUCAGGUUGAACCACCCUGCUCUAUUAGCUUCCACCCAGGAAUCUGCGGGCUUUCGCAGAGCCCAGGGGGCUCCUGAUGCCCCUUUCCACAUGUGAGCCAGGAUAUCAGACUUCUUAAAAAGCAAGGACUUCAACCAAAUGCCACAGACUCUCAGAACUUCACCCAGAAGUCCAGACACUGAAGACAAGUCUAAAAUUGCUGCAGCUUUCCAACUUCUAGGUCUGCUUUGGCAAGUGGUCCUUAUUACUUACCUUGAUUAACUCAGCAGGGAUGGGGAUGGGGAUUUCAUUAAUAUUUUGUUAAUUAAUA